CCCCAUGUUUCUCCUUAAUCUCAACGCACAUAUCACCUCAUUACCACAGCAAGUUCAGCGCUGAACCAAGGUCCUAUAAUAGGAGCACGGCAGAGAAACUAAUCUACCUAGAUAUUUUUGUUUCUCCUAUUUCCAACUGACUAUCGCCUCCAUCUGGAGCAUCGCUAUCGCCAUGCCCUCAUACCCCUACGAUCGCUACUACUACAAGGACGGCUACGAGCUAGCACAUUACAUCGGCCGAGAUCUGCGACGGAGUCACCGCCCAUUACGGUACAUCGUCAAUGAGGGGAAACUUAUCAUCGAUGAGCGGUCGUUAGAAGACCGUCAUCGGAGCAGCGGCAAUCGAUCCAACACCGUCAUCUACAACUCACCUGGAUCCACCAUGUGGAUCGAGCACCGAGAUAGUGAAUCACGAACUGUCGAAUGCCGUGGUUGUUUCCGUCGUCGUGAGCGGUGCUACGGUGGGUAUUGCUCCGAGUGCGUGUAUUUACGCCUAGAUGCACCCCGCCGCCAUGAGGUUAUCACGUUGGACAAAUGGCGGCUACUGGACUACCCUGAGAGGAGAGCGAUUGCAUACCGAUAAAUGACUAGGUAUCACGCCGAAUAAAUACCGGCAGGCUGGGUUGGAGCAACAUGAACCGGAUUGGACUUAUGGUACUGGAUUGUUUGCUUGUGGGUUUCGAUAGGGUUGCGCAUACAUAGAAUAUCAUAGAUUUGUCAAUCUUCUUUCCUAUUGUAGCAUUAGAUAUAAUGGGUGAAUUGGCGAAUGGAGUUAGGCAAUCAUAACACGAGCCAAGCUACACCCAUCAUGGUGCGCUACCCUUUUUCACAUUUUAAUUGAAUAUUCACCGUGUCACAUGCAAAGAAGAUGCGUAGAAACCCCCGGUGUUAAUUACCUAGAUACAACAAGACAAGAAUUCACCAAAUAAUCAAAUGAACCUAUUGAAUUAGGAAGGCAGGUAAUCCCGGUGGCUGGUACAUCGACCCCUACACACCUUAUGUAUAACUAGACGUACCACCCUAUUCCUUGGUACUUAGAGUUAGUUCCUCAAUGCAAUAUAAUAC